UUCGAUUUGAAAGUUCUGUGUCACUUCCCGGAAUUCCUCACCCGACUAGAAGACAUGUACUUUUAGUCUCUUAAUUAGCAGAGGCAGAUAUGGGGAUGGGGUGCAUCUUCUUAUGUUUGUAAACUGGUGGUGUGACACAUUGCCAUGUAUUAUAAUUUUAAUCAGUUCAACGGGAUGGCGAAAUACAGUAUUUGGUACACCUAACGUAGCAUGGAGGAGUCUGAGCAGUUUCUUGAUCAAAUCCACUGCCAGCUAUCUGCAUCAGGCAUGAACAUGGACAGAGAAACUCUUAAGGAUUAUCUCUUGGUACCAGGAGAAGGACGACUUAUGCUGAUUCACUGGGCAUUGUCUGAACUAAAUAUUGUAGUUAAUAAACAUGAUAUUACAGAAGUUGUUAUUGAAUGUGGGCUGUGCUUGCCAUCAAAUUCCAACACUGUACUCGGCAAAUGCUCAGCAAAAGAUAACUUUGAAUUCUGGAAGAGGCUGUUUCACAUGGUUAGAAUGUACCAGGAAGCGAAACCUGCACAGUCUGCUAGUAUGUACAGAAACGUAUGUAAGUUCUGGCUUGAGUUGGCAGCAAACCCAGAGCUGAAAGAUGUAUUGCAACCUAAAAGAAAAGAUAUCUUGCCAAUAAAAUUGCCAAAGAAUUCAGCCAAGAACAUAUCAGUGGAGAAAAUACUUAAGGAAAAAUUAUUAGAAGAACGUAAAUUACGAGAACUGCAAAAAGAAGCAGAAACAUAUCAGCAGUCAGAAGAUAAGGAAAAAUAUUGCAAUAUUGGAGCUCACGAUGCAGAAGAAUUAGACAAACUGAAACAUCACGUUCACAUAUUCAAACAUUACAUGGCUAAUUUCUUAAUGCCAUGGAUAUUGGACACGCCUCAAAAUUCUGAACUGGAUAAAUAUAAUGAAGUGAUCCCUGAACUUGCCAGCAAAGUGGAGAAAGUAAGGGAGAUCUGCAACAAUGCAGCAAAGAUAUCAGCAGCAUUAGAAGAAUUGCCAAACAUUAAGCUUGAAGAACCACUGGGGGAAGAGCGAUUAGGUCUGCCAUACUUACAGAAGGAAAAAAUGGUCCAGCAUUCAUAUGAUAAAAAGAUCUGAGGAAUAAGAACUUUUGCACGUUACAGUAUCAAUCAUUCCAUGUUUGUCGACUGACUCAGUGGCAAAUCAGUUGCAGACAAAAUACACUUCAUGCUAUUCAGUGUUGCUGUUGUCAUAUAAAUACACAAAAUAUAUGAAAAUGGAAUAACUUGUCCUUGUUAAUUUUUGGAUAUGAACCAGUUUUGAAUAUUAUUAUUUAUUAUUAAAUCACUGAAUGUUUCUAUUCAGGAGAAUAAAUAAUUUCAGUUGUUUAUGCAGUAAUAUGUUUAACUCAGUAUUUCACUGUGACUGAAUGGACAAUACAGAAGCUGCUGUUUGUUCCUAAUAUUGUGAUGCAUUUACCUCAUUUUGAUCAUUUUUUUGCACAGAAUUGUCAGAAUAGGAUAAUUUGCUUACAUUUUGGAGGACAAAAUAUGAAAUACCUCAAUUCCUAAUACAAAUCUCUGAAGAGACACUGAUCUAUGAUGUUGAACAGGUUAUAUAUACUUUAUUCACUGAGAACUAAUGUAAAGCUUCAGAAUAUGUGGAGAUUUAACUGCAUGUCUCUAUGCACCUUAAUGCUGUCAUAGUUUGGUACAAAGGCAACUUCAUCUUCUUAACAUACUGGUAACACUGAAGCUUGGCAUGAAGGCAUAACAAACCAAAUGGCCUAAUGCCUCAAAAAAUGAGCGUACAGCACUCCUCAUUUUAUAAGUUGUGUUCCAAAGAGAAAAACCAGCAAAAUGUGAAACUGCUUAAAUCAAACAUUAGCUGGGCCAAAUUCUCACUUCUCCCCUCACAUUUCUCCUCCAACAUUUUCCCUGCCUCUCAUUUGUCUAACAAGCAGUAUGUACUGAAGUGAGUACUGUCAAUUAAAAUUGGUCUAAAUUCAUACGUGCAUUAAAAUGAAACUGCAUAUUUUGAAUUCCCAUAUAACUAGGGGUACAUAUACCUCAACUACCAAAUAUUUUCUAUUAUGUAUAUGUCAAAAUGAAUGUCCAUGCUUCAACAAAUAACUGUUGAUGUUGCAUAAUAUGCAGUAAGAACACUAAGCAUAUCACAACAAAUGUACAUUAGCACUAAAUAAUGACGUUUAGUUGUCCACUGAAUUAUGAAAUAUAUAACAGAAUCAAAGCCUAUUUUACAGAAAUUCGUCUGGAAUAAAUGUCCCAUAAUUGUGCUAAAACAAAUGUCUGAUGAUAUAAGUAAAAUGAAGAACUCUUACAAGGUGCAUACACAAAAUUUCAGCUCAGUGUAGAACCAUUAAAAAUUCACAUGUCCAGUCUCAGAUUUUGGUCAGGAAAAUAAAUACACGUAAGCAGUAAUAGUAUACACUUGGUUCCACUUUAAAAUGAGUUCAUUACUUCACAGCAUGCGCACAUGUGCGUGUAAGUACAAGGGUAAGUCAAUAAGUAAGUUAGAAAUGGAUAUAGAAUUUAAACAAGUAAGAGUACUGAUUUGAAAAAUGCCUUUAUAUCUCAACAUAAUCUCCCUGUACAUUGGG